AUGAUUUGGAAUGGAAUAAUGAAAAUUAUAAACGAUGUUGGAAUCGUAAAAAAUUAUUCAUUGCCGCGUUGUUCAGAGUCUGUUUGUGUAGGUCCACUGUCAGAUAUUUAUUGUAAUGGUAAACUAAUAUAUAUAACAUGGUUAUUUGGUUUACAAAGUACUUGCCCCGGUGAAAUGUUAUUACGGUCACCAAAAGAAGUUCUUGGAGACUUUUAUAGUUUACCUAAUCCAAUAAAACGGGAGAAUUUUGAAAAGUUUUGCAACCGCAAUUUUGCGAAAUUUCCUUAUCUAUCAUCAGCAGAAUUAAGCGACUGGACGCAAGAGCCUUAUAACAUUCGACUUUUAAACGACACUCAUCUAAGAAAUUUUACUUUAAAACUUAAUGCUAUUUGGAAGAAACUGGGACGACAAUUUAACCCUGAGGUGCGAGAAAAAAUCCAUCUUUUUCCUGUAUUCCCCGUACCUAACCCCUUCAUUGUUCCUGGAGGCUUCUUUAAUAUUUAUUUUUAUUGGGAUUCUUAUUGGAUCAUAAAAGGGUUAUUAUUCUCAAAUAUGACUUUAACUAGUCGAAAUAUCCUUAAUAAUUUCGCAACUGUUAUUACUCAUUUUAAUUUUAUACCUAAUUCUGGCAACAUUGGCUUAUCAAGACGAACCCAGCCACCUCUUUUUGUUCAGAUGGUAGCUGACUUUUAUGAUGCAACAAAAAAUAAGACAUUUUUGGCAGAAAUAAUGCCUUUUAUCGAGACCGAAUUGUCUUGGUGGCAACAGAAUCGUUCGAUUUCUGUUGAUUUACCCACUGGAGAACGAUAUUCUCUUUUUCGAUACAAUUCGAUAAGUAAUUGUCCACGACCAGAAAAUUAUUUGGUCGAUUUGGAUAACGGGUUGAAUGGGACCGGUGAUCCAGAAUUUAUAUGGUCAUCAAUAGCAAGUGCUUGUGAAUCUGGUCUUGAUUUUAGCUCACGAUGGUUCGAAUAUGAUGGGCCACAUGCAGGUACGAAAUUUUCAAUUCGCACCAAUACCGUUAUUCCAGUUGAUCUAAAUGUUUUCAUGGCAUGGAAUUAUUUUACUGUUGGAAAUUUUUUCAAAAUUUUGGGAAAGGAAAAUAAGACUAAAAAGUAUGAUAUCCUUGGCAAGGAACUCAAAAAUGCUAUACAAGCUGUGAUGUGGAAUGAUGAAGAUGGGAUCUGGUAUGAUUACGAUUUGGUAAAACGGCAGCAUCGCAAAAGAUUUUAUCCUAGCGACGUUUUUCCUCUUUUGCUGGGUGAAGUAAGCGAUGAAAUCGGAUCAAAAAUCUUAAGUUAUCUGGAGUCGGUACAAGUUUUGGACUUUAGAGGUGGAAUUCCUUCUUCACUGGAUAAAGAAUCUGAACAGCAAUGGGACUAUCCAAACGGAUGGGCUCCAACUAUUCAUCUUUUCGUCGAAAGUUUGCGUGUAUCAGGUCAUAAGCAGUUGCAGAAACUGGCCAAAGACAUUGCUGACAAAUUUAUUCAUACGGUCUACAAUGGUCUGAUGAACACAUCCCAGAGUUUGCCUUCUGCAUGUUGGGAAAAAUAUGAUGUUCGUUAUGAAGAUGGUAGGCCUGGAAACGGUGGUGAAUAUAUUGUUCAACAAGGUUUUGGGUGGACAAAUGGUGCCGUUUUGGAUAUGAUAAGGCGGUUUUAUAUUCUACAAAGCGGUCAUUUCGACUUAGAUUCUAAAGGUUACAGUAUUUGCUAA